AUGGCCAAACCGUUAUAUAGCAAAUUUACCGGUGACAACGUUGAAAUAAAUUCUCUGGCAUUGUUGGAAGGUCGUUACACGUUACCUGAUCUGUUGGAUCCAGCUACAGCUUCUUUCUUAUCUCACUGCCAGUUCCACAAAGGGCACUCUCCAGUCCACUUGCAAGUCUCCAAGGACGAUCAUGUGUACUGUUGGUCGCGGAACCCCAAGAAUAAAGGAUCCAAACCUCAUGGACUUCAUAAUGGACACUUCAAGGCGGCUAUCCAGUCUUCAUCCAUAGCGUACUGUGACGCCCUCUUCCGGAACAUUCCUCUCACCACAGGCUUUGUUCCUCUUCAAUGGCAAAACCUGAUAAACUUUGCCAUUGAAAAGAAGCCUGGAGACUUCUGCCUGUCACAAUGUUGCGGUUUGGCUUGA